UCCGACCAGUCAAGGACCACAAUACUUGCAGAAUAAGCAGGACUCAUCUGGAGUGCAGGGAGAAUGAGGAGUCACCGGGGCCGGGGGAAGCAGCAUGAGUGGCCCGUGCAUCUCCAUUAGACUGACGGCCCUCAUGUUUCUAUGGAAGUGGUUAACACUAAGCCUGCUCCAGAGCUGGUCGUGGGUAGGGGCUGGUGCGGCGGACUCUGCCGGGGCGGGCUUCAGCGGCUCCACCGGGCCCCUGGGCUGGCUCCUGUCGGACAAGGGUCCUUUUCACAACUCGCAGGAGUUUGUUGAUUUCACAGAGCGCUACCAGCAAGGAUUCACCACCAAGUACAAGAUAUACAGGGAGUUUGGCCGUUGGAAGGUGAACAGCUUGGCCCUGGAGAGACAAGAGAACAAUGGCUUUUCCUUACCGCUGGACCCAGAGUUCCUCCAGACCAUUAGGCAGCUGGGCAGGAGGCCCAGUCUUAGCGCCAUCACUGACAACAUCAUCAGGAAAUACGGAACCCACUUCCUGCUCUCUGCUACACUGGGAGGAGAGGAGUCAUUAAUGAUCUUUGUGGACAAGCGGAAGUUGAGUCGGACGUCUGAAGUGAGUGAAUCCAAUGGCACAGCUGUGACGCUGGAAGCUCUGCACCAGCUGGCUGCCUCCUACUUCAUCGACAGGGAGAGCACCCUGCACAAGCUGCACCACAUCCAGAUCGCCUCCACUGCCAUCAAGGUGACCGAAACAAGGACGGGCCCUCUCGGAUGCAGUAACUAUGACAACCUCGACUCUGUCAGCUCCGUUUUGGUUCAGAGCCCUGAAAACAAGAUUCAUUUGCAAGGGCUCCAGGCCAUACUGCCAGAGUAUCUGAGGGCCAGGUUUGUGCAGGCAGCUCUCAGCUACAUCGGCUGUAAUGAGGAGGGCCAGUUUGUGUGCCGGGACAAUGACUGCUGGUGCCAGUGUGCCGUCGACUAUCCACAAUGUAAUUGCCCCGAGGUGGAUCUGAGGGCUAUGGAAGCCAGUUUGCUGCAAAUCCGAGAUUCUUGGAACAUGGCCAACCAAGACUUUGAGGAGUCAGAUGAGUUUCAGAACUUCGUUCGACGGCUUCCCACAUUCUACGCCCUCAACACGUCUGCCAUCCAGUAUUUCUGGAAGAUGGAGCCGACUAUUCACCAACGCUACAAACAGCUGGAGCUCAGCACCCAGCAGCUCCUGAGCAAAGCACGACGCAUCGUCAACAAGCUCUUCACCCUCAGCAAGAGGUGUCAAACUCAGCCCAAAAUUAUUAUGCUGAGGGAGAGGCCCUUAAGCUACUGGCUGAACUACAUCCUCUCCAUCAUGUACUGCAGUGAAAACAAUCACAUCGGCUCUUACCUGGAGGAGACCCGGAGCUGCUCCUGCCCCUACGAGCAUCCCCCCUGCCAGGGCGUGAUCCCCUGCUCGGUGGGGGAGGGCACCUCUUGCGCGUCCUGCUCCUACGAGAACCGCUCCCGCUGCGCCACCUGCAACCAGGGUUACAUGCUGAGCCAGGGCGUGUGUCGCAACGAAGUGCCGGACUCCACGGACCACUACAUCGGCUUUGAGACUGACCUGCAGGACCUGGAGCUGCGCUUCCUCCUGCAGAAACGCGACAACCGCAUCAGCAUCCACGGGAUCUUUGUCAGCAACGACGUCAGGCUGAAUAAUUGGUUCGACCCGUCAUGGAGGAAGAGGAUGCUGCUGACGCUGAAAAGUAAUAAAUACAAGUCAAACCAUGUCCACAUGCUCCUGGGCAUGUCUCUACAGAUCUGCCUUACCAAGAACAGCACUCUGGACCCCAUGCUGUCUGUCUAUAUCAAUCCGUUUGGGGGGAGUCACUCAGAGAGCUGGAUCAUGCCCAUUGACCAGAACAACUACCCAGACUGGGAGAGGACUAAAUUAGACCUUCCCUAUGACUGUUAUAAUUGGACUUUGACUUUAGGCAACAAGUGGAAAACAUUUUUUGAAACAGUCCACUUUUACCUACGGAGCCGGAUCAGGGGCACCUCGAGUAACGGAAAUGGAACUGUAUAUUAUGAACCAUUGGAGUACUUGGAACCAGGACGAAAUCUAGGCUACAUGAAGAUCAACAGCAUCCAGGUAUAUGGCUAUAGUAUGCACUUUGACCCGGAAGCGAUCCAGGACUUGAUUUUACAGCUGGACUACCCAUAUACUCAGGGAUCGCAGGACUCGGCGCUGCUGCAGCUGCUGGAGAUCCGGGAUCGGGUCAACAGGCUUUCCCCGCCCGGCGCUCAGCCUCUGGAUCUCUUCUCCUGCCUGCUGCGGCACCGACUCAAACUGUCCACCACGGACGUUGCCAGGAUUCAGGCAGCGCUGCAGACUUUCAGUGCCAAGCAGCCCAACUCGAUGGAAUAUGAAACAACCAAAUUAUGUAGCUAAUAAGUGGGCAGGUGGCCAGGUGCACAGAUGGAAGAGCAGUUAUCACACAGGCCUGAUGAUGGUUAAGAGCAAUUUUGGAGCCAUGCAAGGGACAUUUGGGGGACACUGUCAUUGUCGUCAUGGAUCUCAAGAGUGCAUUUGAGAUUCUCAUGUCAGCUUUUCGUAUAAAUUUGUAUAACAUGUUAGAUUUAAGGAGGAUUUCACCAUACUUGCCUCAUAGCGUUUUCUUUCUCCUGACGAAACUGAUAACUCUGACAGUUAAUAAUAUAAAUUUAAAACUCUGCCGUCACUGAUAUGUUGCUAAUGUGCUGACGUUUGUAGAUUGCACAAAUUUGAAUCACUCACAUACGUAAACAGAAGCUUUUGCUGAUAAAGUAUUACCCAAGCAACGUAAUCAUCUCACAAAACAAACAUUGCAGCACCAGCAUGUCUUUGAUUUGUAUUUUUCUCAUCACAUUUAUCUUCAGGUGCAAAAAAAUAGCACCAGUGUUUGUUUUAAUAUCACGGCCCCUCCCUUUUAACCUGGGAAAAGAUGGGCACCUCAUUCUUUUUAGCUUCCAUUGCAAUGAUUAAGUCACACAUUUUUUAAGCUCUACUACACUACUUUUGUAAUAAAAGAACAAAACAAACAAAGUGAAUAAAUAGAUGCUGUAUUAUUCCAGUUUUGUUGAGGGGACAAAAAAAAAUGUACCAUGAUCACAAUAUAUGUUACAUGUGCUUUUAUUUUUAUAAUGCUGUUGUUUGUGAAGCAAAAGUUACAAAAAC